UAUCUCAUCUCUCGAAUCUCUCACUAUUUGUCUCGCUCUCUCUUUCUUUCUCUUUCCAUCUAUCUAUCUAUCUCUUUCUCUCUCUUUGACUCCGCACGCAUGUGAGUGCGAAAUAAUGUAUCAGAAGAUGAUCGAAAUUUCGCUAGAUGACGCUAAUUAAAGCUUACCAGUUUUCGAGGACUUGUGCAACUUAUAUCCAGGGUCAAUCUCCUCAGCCUCGUGUGCGAGAAUACUUUUACUACAUCGAUCAUCAAGGAAUGCUUUUUCUGGAUGAUGUUCGCAUAAGGAAUUUUACAUCGUGCUUCAAAGACAAAAAAUUUCUAGCAUUCUUCUUUAAGCAUCUGAAAGUUAAUAAUACUGGUCGCUACACAAAUGAUUUCCCAUUUUUGUCUAUCUGUGGUGUAGAAAGAAAUUAUGUAAGAUGUGAUGAUCUACCCUUAGUUUUUACCAAAGUAAUCCAAAGGCAUAAUGUGGAAACUAAUGCAGAUGAAGAUUGGUUCAGUUAUGCACAUGCAGAUGAUUUGUUAAUGGUGCCAUUUGAGCCACAAAAAUUGUUUAUGAACAUUAAUACAGGAAGAGUGUACCAUCCUGCACCAGAAAAAACAGGUGGGAUUGGCUUAGUGAGAUCGAACAUGGCUAUCGAAUUCAGUACUUUCUUCGAUUUCGAAAACGGUCAAGAAAAUGCGCCAACGCAUUUUGUAUGGAGAGAUAAACGAUACGAGCUUGAUAUAAUAUGGUACAAAGACAAAUUGAUACAAGGAAAUAGGCAAAAAUAAUGAAAUUUUCAAUGAAAAUCAAGAAACAAAGAUGAAAUAACGAAGGUAACAAAUUUUCAAGGCAAAGAUGAAAAUAAUUUUAAAUACUUGAAAAUACUGCACUGCAAAAUGAAUAGAAACAGCUGAUUAUGUUAUGAUUGAUAG